AUGAUAGUGACGGUAAUUGUGACGGUAACGGUUACGUUGACGAUAACGGUAAUUAUGACGGUGACAGUAACUCUAACAGUAACGGUGAUAGUGACAGUGACGGUGGCGAGAACGAUCAUGAUCACGGUUAUGGUAAUGGUGACGGUAACAAUAACAAUAACAGUCAUGGAAACGGUGACGGUUACGAUUACUGUGACGGUAAUGGCAACGGUAUCGGUGAUGGUAACGAUAACGCAAAGAGUAAUGGUAAAGGUAAUGGGUGACGAUGACGAUGAUGAUGAUAAUCGUAACGGUAACGGUAAUGGUGAUGGUGACAAUAAAAGUAUCGGUAACGGUAACGCUAACCAUAUCGAAAAUGGUAAUAGGGGCGGUGAUAAUAACAGUGAUGGUAACGGUAAUAGUAACGAUGAAGGUGACAAUAACAAUAUCGGUAAUGGUGAUAGUAGCGGUUACGAUAACGGUAAUAGUGAUGGUAAUGGUGAUAGAAACGGUGACAAUAACGAUGACGGUAAUGGUGAGGAUAAAGAUGAUGAUAACAGUGAUGAUAACGACGAUGGUAGCAGUGACAAUAACGAUGACAGUAAUGGUUAA